UUGAAACAUGUCAGAUAGCACGGAAAGUUCUGCAUACUUCUACCGGAUCAUAACUUUAGUUGUGGAUGUAGGAACUGUUACUUUGCGGGAAGUUUUUUACUCCAAAUGUCCAAAGGCUACUGUGACUACACUUUUCACAAGUCCCACAAUAUCGUCUGAAUUUAUUAAGCUCAAAUCAAAGAAGAUUCUUACCAGUAUUCAGUAUCAACAGGUAACUGUUAAUCCAGAUCCAGACACAUAUGAUAUCUCUCUACUAAUUACACUCUUGACAAAUAAAAAGAUUUGUGAAAUUACUGAACCUGCAAAGGGAUGGGGACAGAUUCCACCAGAUACUGAUUUAUCGUUAGGGGCAGACCUUCUGCGGGUCAGAGAUAUUAGAAAUCAAAUUGUAGGGCAUCGACCAAAUGCGCAGCUAGAAGAAAAAGAAUUUCAAGUAUUAUGGGGCAACAUUGAGUCAUUACUGGUCAGGAUUGCUAGACAUGUUGGCUCUACAGAGGAAGCCAAAAUCAAACAAAUGAUCGAAAGUUCUAAGACACGAGUGCUUGAGCCAUUAGAUGACAGGGAGAAGAAAUUGUUGCAAGUAUUUGUUGAAUGGCAAAAGAAGGAUACAGAAAAGUACCAGGCACAGCUGCUUGAUGUGCAGAAAUCCCUUGAUCAUCUUCACUUGAAGGUCGAUGGUAUCCAUAAUACAGAUGACACAGGAGCUUCAAGCUCGGAUGAUACACUUACGUCACUGCAGUCUCAAGUUCAGAGUAUUGCUCAGAAUAUUGGCAACUUGGCUCAACAAGGAGCAGUGCAUGAGAUUCAUGAAAAUUUGCAGUCCAUGCACGGUGUUAUUGGUGGCAUGCAUCAGACAACACAGAUGUUGAAGAAGCAACUUGAGGAUUAUAAAUGUCAAAUGGAAUUACUUACACCACAGAUACAAGCUGCUG